AUGCCAUCAUCAUAUCCUAGCCCCGCAAAUGCGCCUCCUCCAGAGAGGCUGAAGAUCGACAGUGAUCCGGCGCGCCGGAAUGAACGCUCUCCAACAAGAUCUCAUGCAUAUAUACCGGUUACUCCUUCGGCACACCCUCCAGCGAUCCAUGCUAAUACCCCUCCAACAUCCACCUCGAAAACUGGAUCUGUUUCGGUCGUCAAGGCUACUGCUGUCCCAGCUCCGAUGAGCUUCGAGGGUCUUAAAAAAGAGUUGAACCUUGGCACCGGAAAAUGCGGGUCGCCCACAAAGAAAGAAGGAAACCCUCCAUGUAAAAAUCCAAAUCCUGGCGACAUCGGCAGUCAGAUCAAGUCUAUGACGGCACUGACUCAAGCGUCCGCGGAGCUUCCUCGCGAGCUUGAGAAACUUGCAGAGCUAGCUCUCUGCAAGCACCAUAUCAUACGCGAAAAGAAGGCUGCUCGAAUUAAACUCUGGAAGAAGGGUUUCCCAAUUGGAGACGAGAAAGCAGUCCCACUUGAGCCGAUUACAGAUCGAAUUAAAAGUGUACUAGAUUGCUUCUCGCCAAAUACCUCUAGCUAUACCUGCGUAGGUGCGAAACAAGACAGUGACACACCUUGUUUGAUGCGAAUUGGCGGCAAAAGGGCCCUCAAAGGCAAAAGGACAAUUGCUCUGAUUAUCGAGCCAGACAAUUACCCACACGAAGACGAGCUUACGUGCCUUCUAAAGGUCCUUGCCUCUAAUGUGAUCUGUCACCACCACAAAGGACAGAUCCCCGACGUGGUCGCACAAUGGAAGCACCGAAUCACUAUGAUAUACGAAGCUUAUCCUGCACAGGAACAACCGCUCAAGUCGACAUACAGUACAGGUUUUUUACGGAGGCUGAAGGGUGAUCCAGCAAAGUUCUGGGACGAUGCUGAUGACAAGAGCGCUUUCCGCACUGAAAUAGAGAAGGAUAGACCCUCAGAUGACUUGGCAUGCUAUUCCCUGAUUCAACAUAAGAUCAUGGAGCCAUUGAAAAAAUCAGAGUUGGUUGAAGGCUAUGUUUACGCCUACGAGGUCGAGGGCAAUGAAGGCUUCGUCAAAAUAGGAUACACUACACGACCUAUUGAGGUUCGCUCAGCAGAGUGGAAGGUCGAAUGCGAUAGGGCGCCUAAAGUUCUAUAUCCUCUUGGACCCACCGAGAAGAUCCCGCACGCCAAUCGUGUCGAAGGCCUGUGUUUAGCAGAACUGAAGCAUCGGAAUAUGACGGUGAUUUGCGAAGCUUGUCCCAAGCGGCACAUAGAAUGGGUCAAGACUCCUGCUGCGGAGGCCAUUACGGUGAUUCAGAAAUGGACGAAUUGGAUCUUGACAGCGCCGUACAAUGAUUCGAAGAGGCAACCUAGUCAAUGGGAAGUGGAUAACGAAAUUACUUCGUGGAACCUCAGGGACGAGGAGGAGAAGAGAACUGGCGAUAUGCUCAACUUCAUGGAUGAGCUUCUCUGCCAGGAGGCAACGAUAGUUGGAGGAGACAGUGAUCGAAAGCCGUGUUUGCAGGAAACCAGUGCUCGAGGGAGAAGAUACCAGAAGCGAUGCUUGCAAUGA